UAAAAGGCCUUAGAACCAGUUAGUGAUCUGCCUACACCUGAAUCCCUGAAACAUCUGAGCUGUUUUGUAAAUCAUCUUAUCCCCAAUCUCAGUACCACUGGAUCUUCACUUCUCAGUGGGAUUUUGUCCUUUGCAUGACCCUGCCUUCAGCAGGGCUUUGAGACUGGGAAGCUGGUCUGCUGGGUGACUUUCAUUCCAGUUGUUGGGGCGGAAGGCUGAAUGUAGGGUCAUUUUGUAUGGGAUAUGCAGAGCUCUGGGGUUGUUUUGUUUUUUGAGUUGGAGUCCGGCUCUGUGGCCAAGCUGGAGUGCAGUGACGCCAUCUUGGCUCACUGCAACCUCUGUCUCCUGGUUCGAGCCAUUCUUCUGCCUCAGCAUCCCGAGUAGCUGAGACUACAGGCACACACCACGCCCAAUUAAUUUUUUUGUAUUUUUAGUACAGACAGGGUUUCACCUUGUUGGCCAGGAUGGUCUUGAUCUCUUGACCUCGUGAUCUGCCCGCCUCAGCCUCCCAAAGUGCAGAGAUUACAGUUGUGAGCCACUGCGCCCGGCCAGAGCUCUGGGUUUUAAUCCUACUUUAGCUGUAGAACCUUGGGCAAAUCAUCUUUUUGGGUCCUCAUUUUCCUCCUCUCUAAGUGGAAGGGCUGUGAUCCUUCCACCUUGGAUGGAAGAGGCUUACCUGACAGCCAGCCUGCCUGCUGGGAGCCAGGAGAGUCAGCUCCUUAAAUCUUGAAGAACCCCUGUAUGCCCUUUUUCCUUCUAAGUCAUGUCUGCUGCCUGUGAGCCUGGGAAGGAGUGCUUUCAAAACCUGUAUUUUGCGCUUUAGUAAAUUUAGAACUGUAGAGACUAAUAAACUGCGAUGAGACAUUUAAGCUCUACUCCAAAGAAGUGAACGACUCUUUCACCACCCCUUGCAUCCCAAACCUUCUUUCGGUUCUGGCAGAGUUCUUGCCGCAGAGAUUCCUUAGGAGCACCCCGCGCGGUGCGCGGGCGCCUGCGCGUCGAACCCCACCCCCUUCCCCGCGGGCCUCGGUUCAAACGACCCAGUGGGUCUAGAGCGGAAGGGAGGGAGCGAAGGUAGGAGGCAGGGCCUGCCUCAGUGGCCUCCCUCCCAACCCCAAGAGCCCAGCCCCAUGGUCCCCGCCGCCGGCGCGCUGCUGUGGGUCCUGCUGCUGAGUCUGGGUCCCCGGGCGGCGGGGGCCCAAGGCCUGACCCAGACUCCGACCGCAAUGCAGAGGAUCAGUUUACGCUCUGCGGGCCCCAGGACCCGCAGCUACCGGAGCACCGCCCGGCCUGUUCUUCCCCGGAAGACGAGGAUAAUCCUAGAGGACGAUAAUGAUGCCAUGGCCGACGCCGACCGCCUGGCUGGACCGGCGGCUGCAGAGCUCUUGGCCGCCACGGUGUCCACCGGCUUUAGCCGGUCGUCCACCAUUAACGAGGAGGAUGGGUCUUCGGAAGAGGGGGUUGUGAUUAAUGCCGGAAAGGAUAACACCAGCAGAGAGCUUCCCAGUGUGACUCCCAGUACAGCGGGGAGUUCCAGCACGAGGUUUAUAGCCAAUAGUCAGGAGCCUGAAAUCAGGAUGACUUCAAGCCUGCCGCACUCCCCCGGGAGGUCUACUGAGGACCCGCCAGGCUCGGAGGCCACCCUGAGCCAGUGGUCCACACCCGGGUCUACCCCGAGCCGGUGGCCGUCACCCUCAUCUACAGCCAUGCCACCUCCUGAGGAUCUGCGACUGGUGCUGAUGCCCUGGGGCCCGUGGCACUGCCACUGCAAGUCGGGCACCAUGAGCCGGAGCCGGUCUGGGAAGCUGCACGGCCUUUCCGGGCGCCUUAGAGUUGGGGCACUGAGCCAACUCCGCACGGAGCACAAGCCUUGCACCUACCAACAAUGUCCCUGCAACCGACUUCGGGAAGAGUGCCCCCUGGACACAAGUCUCUGUACUGACACCAACUGUGCCUCUCAGAGCACCACCAGUACCAGGGCCACCACUACCCCCUUCCCCACCAUCCACCUCAGAAGCAGUCCCAGCCUGCCACCCACCAGCCCCUGCCCAGCCCUGGCUUUUUGGAAACAGGUCAGGAUUGGCCUGGAGGAUAUUUGGAAUAGCCUCUCUUCAGUGUUCACAGAGAUGCAACCAAUAGACAGAAACCAGAGGUAAUGGCCACUUCAUCCACAUGAGGAGAUAUCAGCAUCUCAACCUCUCAUGCCCUUUCAAUCCUAGCACCCACUAGAUAUUUUCAGAACAGAAAAACAAAACUGGAAAAUACAUUGUUUGGUCUUGUGUUUCUUUACAGAGGUACCUGAGGGAGGAGAGACGUAAAUCUCUUCAUCACUAAGACUGAACUGUGUAACUAGCAGCCUCUGGCUUAUUCCCUACUCCCUGUCCCUCAGGAUAAAAUGUUGAUAUUGCUCAUUUUCCUCAUUUCCAACAUUGUUUUAAAACAACUACUUCUUUUACAGGCUUGAAAAAUCUCAAAUAAACGCUAAGAAAAGGGAGUAGGAAGAACAAGGAGUUGAGCCCUUGAAAGAUGACAUUGGUCUUCUUGCCUUCAUAAUACUUGGCCCUCUCUCCUCAGAAGGGCAAUGUUGGUACAAAAUUCCAUCUUGGCCACUUUGGAGGAGUUAUCUUCAUUAGCCACAUCCAUCCUUUAAUCCAACACACACCUGCAGUGAUUACUGUGCAACUAUUUUGCUUAAAUUUUUUUAUUUGAAAAAUGUAUUUAAAAGUCCAACAACUUUUUAAUAUAAAUUAUGACUCUCAAACCCAUUCCCAUCACUUUAUUAGUGAUGGUAGCAUACAUAUUAGAGAAGGUAGCUAAAGGCAAGAGAGCACCAAAGGAAAAAGACUGUGUCCAAAGAACAGGUAUUAAAUGGGGCUGAAGAUCAUGGUAACCAGAGAUUUCCAGGAGUCUCUAAUCUUUCUACCCUAUCCUGUUAACCCUUUAGAUCUCUAGUAUAACACUCAGGCUACUGAGGUAUUUUAGGGCAACAAGUUGGGUUACUUUCAGAGCAACCAGCUUGACUGGAACUGAGAGUAAAUUGGGAAUGUAGGACCAAUCUUAGACCCUGAAAAAUGGCAGAAAAUACAUGGAAAUUAAAAAAAAAAAAUAGAACCUCAGUCACUGCUCUGUAGGUAUAAGCAAACUGAAUGGGUGGUGGAAUUGGCAGAAUGGAUACCAGUUCCUACCUUCCUGACCCCACUACCAUAGAACAGGAUGUUUCCUGUUGCAAAUGGAAUGAGACCCCAGCCUUGUCUCACAGCAGGCAGGAGCUCAUCUGUCUUGUUCUGCCUUCCUUAUUACCCUGGAAGGGCCAGAACAAAGAACACCUGAGAAUACUGAAAGUGCCUAAAGACCCCUGCUCCUACGUUGUUUUCCCAUCUAAAGCAGACUCUUCAGCCGGGGGGGGCAGUGGGACCUGGUCUUCAGACAAAACUCCCUGAGUCUAAUGUGUGUCUGGUUCUAGGACUAGGGCACAGAAAUAGAGCUUAAAAUUUGGGGAGGAUAAGGAGUGUAUCUACUGCUUCUCUCUCCCCCAUCCUCAAUCCUACCAUACCCUGUUCAUAUCUACACUGCAGGAACCACUUCUCCAGAGGGCGAGAAUGGAGGAGCAUGGGACCUGUCCAUCACAGCAACACGCGAGCACAAGCAAAACACUGAAUAAAGAAUUGUUUGGAGAUUA